GUGCGUGCGAGUCGUGGCCCGACUUCGCGAACAGCUCCAAGCCUGGACGUCGUCGCUUUUCGGGCCUCGCUCCCCCAUCAUCGGUAGCCCGACAACGUAACCCUUUCGCUCCCCUUAACAAAGUCCUGCCGCAUCGUAAACCAAGCGGACCCGCGGCUCGCCCAAGUGCCGGGCUCACCAGCGUUUCCUUCUGACGCACGCAUCCCGGCCUUGGCUCUGUUCCAGAAGCAUCGAGGCAAACACGCUCCACGAACGGGGCCGCUCUUUGUCGUCCGGUUUCCUUCAUGCAAAAUGCACAAAUUCAUGCACCCCGAUCUGAUUGCCAGGCUCCCUCGUUCCAUCCGACAAACGGACCAACCAACCAUCCGUCCAUCCCCCCAUCCAUCAAAAUCAUUCAUUCAAUCAGACGGCCGUGCUAACGCGACCGGAAAGCAGGAAAACGGCAAAAAACAAACAGGCCAAGGGAGAAAAAAAAGAAAAAAAAGAAAAAAAAAGAAAGCUGUCCUGCUCACCUGCUCGACUGUGCCCAGGAAGAUUCGUCGCCCUUUACCCAGCGCCCCCCCCAUUCGCCCGUCCUACUCUCGUCGCCGUCUUUAUUGCAUCCAUCUCAUCUAUCUCUCACGCAAAGAGACGCUCACAUGACCUUCCCCGCGUCUUCUCGCCAUUGGAAACCCCCCCCCCC